CUCAGAAAGUCAAGAUGGCGGCUCGUUUGAAGGUCCUAAGCGUGUUCAAAGCGCUGCACAGAACAAGGAUGGCUGUGUUCAAAGAUGACAGCAGAGCACUGACAGCUGCAAGAUUAAAGAUCAACGAGGAGUUCCGGAAAAACAAAAAUGAAACGUCAGAAGAAAACAUUGAGAAGAUGAUCAAAAUGGGCUCAGAUGUGGAAGUUGUUCUUCGAGAGACUGUAUUGCAAAUGGAACAUGUUGAAGAAAACAAGCUCUUGCUUCGACCCAGAGAAAGCCUUCUAUUAGAAAAUGUACCCUAUUGUGACCAGCCCAGGAAAAAGUCAUGACAGACCAUAUGAUUACAUCGUUCUCAUCAAAAAGAGACUCUCUGUCAUCCAUUACCAUCCAUCUGCAAAUUAAAGGAUUUAUUCAAAACAUUUCAAGUUGUUCAGAUCAUCGCUACAGGAAGAAAUGCCUGUUUUAAUUCACCGAAGAUCUCAGCUGUUCUAAGAAAUGUGGAUGAUGUCAUUUCAUGUACAGUAUUUUAUCAAAUGUAAUUUAAAUGUUUUCAUUUUAUUUGCAAGUCUUCUGCCUACUUUUCAGUAGCUUAUAGAUCAACUGAACGAGGAGGAAAAUGCUGUUUUGCUGAUACUGAAAAACAAUAUUUCACUGUGUUCUGAUUAAAGAGGAGUAUUCCCAGGC